AUGAACAUUGUUGAUUUCCCUAUUCAGCAUUUGAUAAAAAUCGUCUCCAAUCUACUGGAUUCCAUGUUGAACACAAACAACCAGCUGCCAACAACCCAAAUUACCUACUUUCAUUCAAGAGCUAUACCAAACAUUUCAGUAUUAUCCUAUCUAACAAGAAUUCAUAAAUUUGCUCCAUUCACAAAUGAAGCCCUGCUCUCCAUGCUCAUCUAUUUCGACCGAAUGACCAAAUUAGACGAUGGAUUCACCAUCAACUCGUACAAUAUCCAUAGGCUACUCAUCACAAGCAUCGUAGUUGCCUCCAAAUUCACUUCAGACAUCUUUUACGCAAACAGCAGAUACGCUAAAGUCGGUGGCAUUCCGCUGGUCGAGCUGAAUCAGCUAGAGUUGGAGUUGCUAUUCUUGCUUGAUUUCCAGCUAUUCAUACCUCUGGAAGACAUUCAAUUGUAUGCAGAUCAAUUACUAUCUCACUCCAUGAAAACAUCUGUAGAAUUGACUGAGCCAAUGACCCCAGCAGCAGCAGCAGCAGCAGCAGCAGCAACCAGUACCACUACAGCUUCAAGUACAGCUACUAAACCUAAUCACAUUCAGCAGAAAACAGCAGAUCAAUCUAUUGUUCUACCUCUGACGCCUCCCUACACUGCUUCUAAUGAGCAUCCUCCUCAUAAACGAUCGAAUAGCAGUUCGCAUUAUAAUCCUUACAAGCGGCCCUCCACACUGAAGAAACGUAAAUUAGGACUAGUCUCCCCAAAGGAUAAAUAA